UUCUUCUGCCUGGCGCUUCUGGCCAGCCUCGGGCGAGGCGAAGAGAAGAGAGUUUGUCAAGGAACCAGCAACAAGUUGGCCCAGCUGUCCAGCGAAGAAGAACAUUACAAGAGUCUGAAAAGGAUGUACGAGGGCUGUGAGAUCGUGCUGGGCAACCUAGAGAUCACCUAUAUAAGUAAUUCAUAUAACCUUUCUUUCUUGAAGAGCAUACAAGAAGUGGCUGGCUAUGUGCUGAUCGCCGUAAGCGAGGUGAAAAGUAUUCCUCUGGAGAACCUCCGGAUAAUCCGAGGAAACACCUUAUACGAAGGUACUGCCCUGUCCGUGUUGAUCAACUAUAACUAUAACUACACAACAGGACUGGAAGAGCUGCCGCUGAGGAAUUUAACAGAAAUUCUACAUGGAAACGUAAAAUUCAAAACGAAUCCUUAUCUGUGCAACAUGGACAAUGUGCGGUGGGAUGACAUUGUACCUAAAGGAGCAUCUGUGAGUUUUGCAACUUCUGUGAGAAGAGGAGACCCCUUGGAGCAGUUAUUGUCGAAACCGAGCAAUAGAACUUGCCCCCCAUGCCAUCCCAGUUGUUCAGGAGCCUGUUGGGGUCCUGGUCCAGAUAACUGCCAAAAAUUAACUCGGAGCAUCUGUGCGCCGCAGUGCUCUGGCCGAUGCAAGGGGAAGGAGCCCAGCGACUGUUGCCAUACUCAGUGUGCAGCGGGAUGCACGGGUCCUAGGGACAGUGACUGCUUGGCUUGUCGCAAUUUUUCGGAUAAUUCCACCUGCAAGGAAUCUUGCCCACCUUUGCAAAAAUAUGAUUCUUUCGAACAUCAGAUGACGAACAACCCAGAUGGAAAAUACAGUUUUGGAGCAACUUGUGUAAAGAAGUGUCCGCAUAACUAUUUGGUAACAGAUCAUGGCUCGUGUGAUCGGUCGUGUCCUCCAAACUCUACCGAGAUAGAACAAGAUGGCAUUCGAAAAUGCAAAAAAUGUGAUGGCUUCUGUAGCAAAGUAUGCAAUGGGCUCGGAAUGGGUAAACUCAAAGAUAUCUUAGCUGUCAACGCGUCCAAUAUAGACAAUUUCGUAAACUGCACCGUAAUCAACGGCCACCUCUCAUUUCUGCUAGUAACAUUUUUAGGUGACACAUAUACAAAAACCCUUCCUUUGGAUCCAAAGAAGUUGGAUGUCUUUAAAACUGUUAAAGAAAUCACAGGAUUUUUGUUGAUCCAGGUAUGGCCAGAAAAUGCCACUGACUUGAGUGUGUUUGAAAACUUGGAGGUUAUCCGAGGCAGAACAAAACAACACAGCCGAUAUGCAGUUGCUGUCACUGGCGUGGGCAUAAAAUCUCUGGGCUUGCACGCUCUCAAGGAAGUAAGCGACGGGGACGUUGCGAUUUUGAAAAACAGGAACCUCUGCUAUGCUAACGCCGUGAACUGGACCGCGCUCUUCAGAACAAACAAUCAAAAAGCAAUUCUCGUCAAUAAUGGAAACGAAACGGAGUGCGCUGCUACGAGACAGUUUUGUCAUCCCCUCUGCUCGGAUGAUGGCUGCUGGGGCCCAGGGCCUUUCCAGUGCUUUUCCUGUAGCCACUUUUCUCGCGAACGGGAGUGUGUGCAAGAGUGCAAUAUUCGGCAAGGGGAGCCGCGAGAGUUUAUGAACCAUUCCAAGUGUGUUCUGUGCCAUCCAGAAUGCUUAGUGGAAAAUUCAACUGAGCCGGCUUGCACAGGACCGGGUCCCACCAACUGCACCAAGUGUGCUCACUUCAUGGAUGGACCUAACUGUGUUAGAACUUGCCCUAAUGGCAUUCUGGGUGAAAACGAUAUCUUAAUCUGGAAGUACCCCGAUAAAAAUUCAGUGUGCCAGCUGUGUCAUCAAAACUGUACCCGUGGAUGUAAAGGACCAGGGCUUGAAGGUUGUCCCAAUGGCUCCAAGGUCCCCUCCAUUGCUGCUGGAAUCGUUGGCAUCAUGUUUGGCUUGCUCCUCAUUGCCCUGGGCAUCGGUCUCUACAUACGGAGGCGUCGCAUUGUCAGAAAGCGUACUUUGCGCCGGCUGCUCCAGGAAAGAGAGCUUGUGGAGCCUUUGACACCCAGCGGAGAAGCGCCAAAUCAGGCUCUCUUAAGGAUUUUAAAGGAAACAGAAUUUAAGAAGGUCAAAGUUCUCGGCUCUGGAGCUUUUGGUACCGUUUACAAGGGGCUCUGGCUUCCAGAAGGGGAGAAAGUUAAAAUUCCUGUGGCUAUUAAGGAAUUGAGAGAGGCCACAUCCCCCAAAGCCAACAAAGAAAUUCUCGAUGAAGCGUAUGUGAUGGCCAGCGUCGACAACCCCCACGUAUGCCGUUUGCUGGGAAUUUGUCUGACAUCCACCGUUCAGCUCAUCACCCAGCUUAUGCCUUACGGCUGCAUCCUCGAUUACGUCCGGGAAAACAAGGAUAACAUUGGCUCCCAGUACCUUCUCAACUGGUGCGUGCAGAUUGCUAAGGGGAUGAACUAUCUGGAGGAGCGCCGUUUGGUACACCGGGAUCUGGCUGCCAGGAACGUUCUUGUGAAGACACCCCAGCAUGUGAAGAUCACGGACUUUGGAUUAGCCAAACUGCUGGGGGCAGAGGAGAAGGAAUAUCACGCAGAAGGUGGAAAAGUCCCAAUUAAAUGGAUGGCUUUAGAGUCUAUUCUGCAUCGCAUUUAUACUCACCAAAGUGAUGUUUGGAGUUACGGUGUCACAGUGUGGGAACUGAUGACGUUCGGAUCGAAACCCUAUGAUGGGAUCCCAGCCAGCGAGAUUUCCACUGUCCUGGAGAAAGGAGAGCGCCUGCCUCAGCCUCCCAUUUGCACCAUCGAUGUCUAUAUGAUCAUGGUCAAAUGCUGGAUGAUCGAUGCAGAGAGUCGUCCCAAAUUUCGCGAACUGAUAGCAGAAUUCUCCAAAAUGGCUCGGGAUCCCCAGCGCUAUCUGGUUAUACAGGGUGACGAAAGAAUGCACUUACCCAGCCCAACAGAGUCGAAAAUUUACCGUUCCAUCAUGGACGAGGAGGACAUGGAGGACAUUGUGGAUGCAGACGAAUAUCUCAUUCCACAUCAGGGAUUUUUCAGCAGCCCAUCAAAUUCUCGAACACCACUCUUAAAUUCGAUGAGUUCUACCAGCAAUAAUUCUACAGUGAUCACCUGCAUAGAUAGAAAUGGGGGAUACCCAGUGAGGGAAGACAGUUUCAUCCAGAGAUACAGUUCAGAUCCAACGGGGGUCUACCUGGAUGACAGCUUGGACGAUGGCUUCUUGCCCGCACCAGAAUACCUGAAUGAGCUUGAGACCAAAAAGCCGUCUGCUUCCAUGGUGCAGAAUCCAGUCUACAACAGCGUCACCCUCCCUGCUGAUUCAAAAGUGGAGCCAAACCAUCAGAGUUCCCGCAGCACAGCGCUGGACAACCCGGAGUAUCUCAACACGAGCCUGUCUCCUUUGGCUAACGGGGUUUUCGACAGCUCCCCCUUCUGGGACCAAAUAAAUCUGGACAAUCCAGAUUACCAGCAAGACUUCUUGCCCAGGGAGACCAAAACAAACGGCCUCUCUAAAGUCCCUGCGGCUGAAAAUCCAGAAUACCUGAGGGUGGCACCACCCAAAAGCGAAUAUAUCGAAGCUUCGGCGUGACCACUGAGAGAGGCUUCUCUUUGCCCCACUAACAAGCCGGGGACACUGGCAACCAUGCUGGUUGCUGUAGAAACAAGCUAUGGACAGAUAAAGGAGUGAUCACAGCCAUACCUCUAGGCACACUUCUCCUUCCAGUUGUUGUGUGCUCACUUCACCCAGCUUGCUUAAGACUUCUCUGGCUUCUGCCUGUAUGAGAAACAACAUCAAAUGAGCAAGAAGUCCAUUCCUAUCUUUCUUAGCAAGCUAUAUAGGGUCAGACUUCUAUAUGGACAUGAAAGGCUGUGAUCAGUAUCCACUUAUGCCCCUUUGAUGCUGUGUAUUUUUUUUUAAAAUGUUAGUUUUCAAGAGCUUUUAUGAAAUCAAGACGUCUGGAGGAUGAACUGUUGGCUGCCGUUCAAAUGGCACGUGGGGUGGUGGUGGUUUUGUUUCGUUUUAAAUAGAGACGAUAUUUUUUUCCAAGUCUCUCGGGCAACCCUCACCCAGCUCAUGAGGGUAAAGAAGAGCUCAUUCCCGUGCGGUUGCCUGACUCUUUAAACACCAGCUUCACUUGGUAUUUUGUGGUACAAAAGAAAGAGAUUCUUCACGUGGGGGUUCUGUUCAAACUGUUUCUGAAAAACUGAAUUGUUGGGGGCAGAAUUGGACUCUUCCUGGUCCAUUGGACAGAAGGGCUUGCCCUGGAGCAUUCACCACCGAGACCACUAUUCCGGGGAACCCGGAACUCCAGAAGCUUCCGCCAUUGCUCAGAGAAGCUCAUAAAGGACUCACUAGACUUGUCUGUAAAAUGGUCACUGUUGGUUGCAAACGGCUUUUCUUUUGCUUUUAUUUUUCUGGUUCCACUGUUUUUCUCUGGAGUCAGGAAUGAUGAGUUUCAAAAAAUGACCUUUAGAAAGCUGUAAGCAAAAAAAAAUUUUUCUUUAAAAAAAGAAAUAUCAAUACUCUCUGCCAUUUGGCACAUUUAAAAGAAAAUGAAUUUAAACAUUUAGGACAUGCCAGGGCUGCAGUUUGUCUGAAGUGACUAUGCUGGCAUAGCUGUUCUUACAAACACACACACACACACACACACACCAACCUUCUAAGAUGUUCUGUACAAAUUCUGUACACACGAAUGUUCUUUGAUAUCUCCCAUUUACCUUAGUGGGGUUCAUACUGGAGCACACCCCCAUUGAUUGUAUGCUUCGGUACAUAAUUCACCAGGCAAAGGGAAGGGGAGAAUGCAGAAAGAAGUAACCACCAAGGAGAAACACUUAGGAUGCUGUCAUCCCAAAAUCCACUCCCGAGAUUAGAACUGUCCAUGCUAGUAAAUGAUGGAAUAAUCACCAAUAAGUGCACACCACUCAUAUAAGUAGAGGUGGGUUUCAGGAACCAGUUUCCUGUAUUUUAAUGCUGAAUGUAAGAUGCUCCCAUUCUGAUCCAGCAUCUGUGCAAACUUGUUAGGUGGAUAUGUGGAUUGAAUGCCAGCUGCCGCCAGGCAGUCUGAAAAAGCACAAGCAGAACAAUUGUUAAAAUCUCUUCCCAUAACCCCCCUGGGAAGCAUUUCCUUGGAGAGCCCAGCUGCUCUGGAAUCAUGGCCCCUGGCCCCCAAACCCCUCAUGACAUCAGAAUAAAAAAAAACCUUGGCUGUAAAGACCAACAAGUAGGUGAAUGAAAUGUCAAGUUUGCCUCCAGGCAUCUGGUCUGUCAAGAAAGGCGGGAUAAUUUGUAUGGUCCACAGUGGCUUUUCUGUUGUCUUGAAAUGGAGGAAGAGCUGGAAAAGUCACCGGAAUCUUGGGUUAGCCCAUGGAGAGGUUCAAGCCCCUAGCUUGACAGCCAUGAUGAGAUGGGGGUGAGUUAGCAUUACUGUAACGAUGCUUCUGCCCAUUGCUGGUGACCCUCACCCUGUUUUUUCUGCAAAGGCAGUUAACUCGGUUCCUCUAAAACUUAGCAGAAAUAAAAGUCGUCGUAGUAAGUCAGCUUAACUUUCUCACUUUCCUCCCUUCUCAUCUGUCUCCGGCCACUUAAUACCCACCAUGCUGCAAUUAAUUGACUUGAUAUUUCAGUUGAUUACAUUCACACAUGAAUGUUAACAUCCAUGUGAAGCCACUACGAGUCUUUUUUUUUUUAAUUGCACUUUUAUUGAGAAGUUGCUACUUACAUUCCAUCAUAAGUAAACACCGUUCAGAAGCAAUGUCAAAAUCAUGUAAGGGACAAUGAGAUAGUAACGGGUGUUUAUAUAAAAGGCAUCUGUGGUAAUCCCUGCUUAGGAAUGCGUCUCUUGCACAUUUUGUGAACGUCUCAGAUAAAUUCUAGCACCUCGCCUUUAUUGGGUGACAAAUUCAGUACCUAAAAAUUACUCGAUGUGUGAUGUAAUUUUUGUUAGGUGCCUGGUUCUUGGGUUGCUGUCCCCAAACCAAACGAAAAUCUGAGACGCGUUAUCGAUCACACAGGCCUCUCUGCAGUGCGCGCUCUCUGAUUUCAGAGCCUGGCUCCCUCAUGAUUCAGUCAGCUAUUUGCCAUGCCAGCAUCUCUUACCUCCCAGAAACUAGAGGGACACCAAAGCAAAAAUCUAACGGACGUGUCAGCCUCUCCUAUAUGCGUGUGGACUUUGGCUACAGCUGUAUGUGAAGCAGAAACACAGCAGCACCUCCUAAAGUAACGUCAGAAAAGAUCUGGGCCUCUUUUUUUUCUCAGUUGAGGUGAAAACAUGAAAAAUUGUACUAUCCCCUGUGGUAUUUACAACACCCUGGUGAUGAACAUCCUUGGAAAAGCAGGCUUGUAAAGAGGCCUCCAGAAGCCCAGGUCAAAAAUCGCUGCCUGGUGGCAACAGAGAAAUUUCAGCCAGAAAUUGGAUAAUAUGCACAGAGGGAGAAGUUUCUCUUCAAGGAAGCUUGCUUCUACACAGAGGUUGGGCCAUCAGAAGCACGUGCAUCCGGCACACAGCUUCGCUGUGCUAAACUCCUCUGACAAUAAUGAGCACUUUACAUGUAUUAUCACAUCUGAGUCUUCCUCGUGGAUUUCCUGCUGUGUCUUGCAAGCAGCCACAGUUUUCCCUGAUUAUGUGCCAGUGUGAGAGCACAUCAGUGUGGCAAGUAGUUGUGGUUGUGUGUGUUUGCAAAAGGGGUCUGCUGUAUCACCACUGUGGGAGGGGGGAGAGUCAUAGUCUGCAUAGGAGUCCCAUAUUAAUUCCUGCUCCAGAAGCUCUUGUAUAGAAAUGCAGUGACUUCUAAAAAACAGCCCAGGAUUUAGGACUUUCUUUCUUUCUUUCUUUCUUUCUUUCUUUCUUUCUUUCUUUCUUUCUUUCUUUCUUUCUUUCUUUCUUUCUUUCUUUCUUUCUUUCUUUCUUUCCUUUCUCUUCUCUAUCUUUUUUUUUUUUUUUGCAUUUCCUGAGACACAUUUUGGAUUGGUGGGGGGGGAUAACACAAGUUGCGGGCAAUAACACAUAAACUGUACCUACCUCUUCAAUACAGCCAUUGUGAACAUUGCUCUACCCUUUCUGAGAUUUAUAUUUCUCUGUGAGAAAUUAUUGUAGCUGGGGCAAAGUAAGAAAUUGUCUUCUUUUUUUCUGUUUGCAUCUCCUUGUCCUUAAUAAACGGGUGGUAAAAAUAUUGUGAGCUAUAUGGAAUUCCACUGCCAAAUCUAACUUUUUAAAGAUAAUGUGAUUUUAUAAUUAUCCUAAAUCACCAUUCUGUGAUUUUCCCCCCUCCGUUGAAACCCCACACAUUUCUUGCAUUUGCUCAAUAACCUUCUUUCUAUUCCUUUUACUUUAGUAUUUGACUUUUAGAAGUCUUUUUAGAAAAAUAUUAAUAUAUAUAUAUAUAUAUAUAUAUAUAUAUAUAUAUAUAUAUAUAUAUAUAUAUAUAUAUAUAUAUAUAUAUUUAAGACACACUUUAAUUAUCUUUUUACAUAUGGAUAUUAGGACCAAAGAGAUUUUUUUGUUUUAAAAUCAUUAAUUAAAAAAAAUUAACAUUUUCUUAGGUUCUCAUUAUUAAACUUUUUAAAAACUCAACUGUGGAUUGGCAUAGAUCCCUUACUUAAAAUCAAACGCUGCUUUGGACCAUCAGUCGUAUGAGCAUAACUAGAGCUCAUUAAACAAGCCUUUCCCCAUUGUGGAAGCGCUUGGGCAGUAACGUUCACCAUUCAGCUCUCACCAGCCUUGUCUCCAGAAGACCAGGGAGACACUGUGCUCUCACUGCGAGGCCCAUCGAUUUAUCCAUGCGCCUAUUCUCCUUAUUUAAAUGGCGUCAGGGCUGCCCGAGUGAAAAACUCUUUUCCUAGCGGCAUCACAUCCUUUAUCUGCUUUGAAUUCUGUGUUCUUUGCAUGGGAAGUUGAGGGGGAUAAUUUAAUUCUCAAAUACUCUAGGUGGGAUUCUCCACUGGUAGCAGAGGCAGAAAGUGCUGUCAAGUGAUAGCUGACAGGGCAACACCUGUAAAGUUUUCAAGGCAAGAAAUGAACAUAGGUGAUUUGUCUUAGCCUGCCUCUGCUUAGCGACCUGGGUUUCCUUGGUCGUCUCCCGUCCACAUACAAGCUGGGGGCAACAUACUCAGCUUCCAAGACUUAACUAGCCUGAGCCAUCUCCCACUAGAACAAUGACAAUUCUCCCUUCCAUUCACACAAAAGUCAGUACAAAUUGGAUUGUGAGGAGAAGGGCUCAUUUUGUAGCAAGAGCUCUUUUGCAUAUUAGGCCCCACCCCCCUGAUGUAGCCAGUCCUCCUUGUACUAAGAGCCCUGUAAGCUCUUGGAGGAUUGGCUGCAUUAGGGGGGGUGUGGCCAAAUAUGCAAAGGAGCUACAAAUUGAGCUCUGGUGAGGACUAUGCCAAUUGAAGACAGACAGUGUUAUACAGCAUGUGUUAGGGGGAGAAAGCAGAGCUCCACUUAGAAUUGGUAGAGGCAAGCAGGGGUUUCUUUGUAGCAAAGUAGGCCCUGAUGUAGCCAAUCCUACAAGAGCUUACAGGGCUGUUAGUACAGGGCCUAAUGUAAGCUCCAGGAGGAUUGGCUACAUCAGGGUGUGUGGCCUACCAUGCGAGGAGUCCCUGCUGCAAAAAAGCCCUGGAGGCAAGGCCCAAGAGGGUUUCAUAAUCAAGCCUCCAUGCCAGUUAGAACUAUGCUGAAGCAGGGAAUGGUGGAUCUGGCCCCUUCUGUCUUCCAUUCUGUGGGACCAGCACAACAAAGGGAGCAAGGCUCUUUUUUCAAAGGACACGCAGAGAUUGGUACUCUCCAACAUUUCAAAGUAAAAUGGGGAUCUGCUGUUUUGGGGCUUCCUUGGAUGUUGUAAAGUAGAGUCACAAUGUCAGGAUGAAAUCAUCUUCCACUAAGUUGUGUGGUUUUGUUGUGGCAGGAAUUGACGCUCACGUGACUCAAAAGAAUUCAGUGCGUGGCUGCACUUUGGCUUGGAAAUGGUCCUGAAAAUGGUCAAAUGUCACGGUCUGUGUCCUUUCUUUGCAGAAAGAUUGCAAUCUGGACCGGGGGAAGGACUGUUUAUUGACACAUCAUCCACACAUGUUGAAAUGAAACCAGUGCUUUGCACAUCCUUGUUAAUUGUGUGUAUGUGUGUGCUGUCAAGUCACACCUGACGUACAUGGCCCUGUAGGGUUUUCAAGGCAAGAGACAUUCAGAGGGGGUCUGCCAUGGCCUACCUCCAUGUCACAAGCCUGGUAUUCCUUGGAGGUCUCCCAUUCAAAUACUAACCAGGGUCCCCCCUGCUUAGCUUCCAAGAUCAUCGGGGUCAGGGCAUCCUUGGUAACACCAGCUGAGAAAUCAGGAAGAAUCUAAUUUUUAUCCUGCUCCGUUCAAUGAGAGGUUUAGAACUGAUUUAACAUGAACGAUGUCAGGCCAAAUGGGAGUGGAUCUAAUGUGGAGUAUCUUGUGUCAGGGAGCAGCACUCCAUAGUGUACCAGAAUGCUCACUUUGGUCCUCUUGUGCCAUCUAGGAGAUGUGGAACCCCAUCCAGGUCCGCCAGAGCUGAACUUGGUGUCCUGGCACAUAAAAAAACUGUGGAAAUAAUAUUCUUUAAAAAGUUCUGUGAAGUGGUACUUAAGUGUUGCAUAGAGGAUUUAGUGUAGGCCGUAUAAACCGCUGGGUAGCAUUAUUUUUACCGUUCCCAAGCCCCCAUUCCUGUGCAAACCGUGUUGAAAUAAAUAGAGAUUACGCAGGGAACCAACUGCUUGUCUCUACGCGCAGCUUUGUGUAAAUGUGUUUGCCUAUGAAAGCACAAUUAUGUACAAACGAUAAAUGCCAUUUUUUUUUACUGUUGAAUUGUUUUUAGCAUUGAUAAGUCAACAUUUUGUAUAUCAAGUGAUGGAAACUAAGAUGUUUAUAAUUCUCUUCCAUUGGUUUUUAAAAAAUUUUUAUAAGAAUAAGUGAUGUAACAUAGCAUAUGAUGUUUGAUGGAAGAUGGAGAUUUAGAAUCGCUUGUAAGAUGUAAGAUUGGCAGAGCACAGAUUAAAAAAAAUCGGGGGGGGGGGGAUGUGUCACUAAAAAUUUAACCAGAAAUUUGGAGAAUUCGGACUGCAUGCCUAAAUAGACACUCCCCCCUCCCGAACUUCCUUCCAAGUCACAGUAAUUAGAAUGGGAAUAAUCUCAAUUAUUACUAAUAAAGCACUUUUUCAACUUUU